UUGACAAAUUCUACUUCCGGAUUCGUCAGCGGUCGUGUUGGUUUGUGUUUACAUCAACUUCACGGGAAAGAUAUUUCCCCUCAAGCUAAAUAUUGUUGAAGAUGGCAUCCAAAAAAGUAAAUUCCACUGCAACAGCCAGACUGAAGCAAGAUUUCAUGAGGAUUAUGAAAGACCCUGUGCCUUACAUCCAAGCCGCCCCAGUGCCCUCAAAUAUUUUAGAAUGGCACUACAUUGUUGAAGGACCGGAGAACUCUCCUUAUGAAGGAGGAAUAUACCAUGGCAAGCUGGUGUUUCCAAGGGAAUUUCCUUUCAAGCCCCCUAGCAUCUACAUGCUCACACCAAAUGGAAGAUUUAUGUGCAACAGCAGACUGUGCCUGUCCAUCAGCGACUUCCAUCCCGACACGUGGAACCCCGCAUGGUCAGUGUCCACCAUACUCACGGGACUGCUUAGCUUUAUGCUGGAGAGAAGUCCAACACUUGGGAGCAUUGAGACAAGUUUGUACACCAAACGGCAGCUGGCUGCUCAGAGUGGUGCGUUCAACCUCAACAACAAAACUUUCUGUGAGCUUUUCCCAGAUGUCGCAGAGAAAAUCCGCAGGCAGCUCCAGAAGCAAGCGGAGGAACUGAAGAAGUCGACCGAGUCAAUGAACACCUCCAGCAACAGCGAGAUCAAUGGGGACAACAACGCCGCCGCUCAGAACGACGGAAAUCUGAACAUUGGCGGCCCGCGGCGCUACCUGAGGGGCACAAUGACGAACGUGCUGGUCAUUGUCGGGUUUGCCGCGUUUGCCUUCGUGGUCAAACACGUGCUCACAAAUGUGGUGGAGACGAUAUAGUGCUGGGUAUGGGCAGCAGGGCUGGGGAGUGGGGACGGUGAGGGGGCGUUAGGAUUGUAGCGUAUGUGUGUGUGAAGUGAAGUAGAGAGAGAGAGAGUGAUAGGGGAGAGGGGAAAGAGAGUGAAGGAGAGAGAGAGAGAGAAGGGGGCGGGGAGGGUGAGGAGAGAGAGAGAGCAAAAGAGUUCAUGAGUGAAUGUGUGCAAAGUUUUGUGUGUCUGAGGAUAUGUUUUUAAAACAAGUUCAUUGGGAAGAGAGGAGGAGGGACGUACUGGUCAGAACGUUGGAGGUUGAACUGUGAUCAUGUUUGUACAGAAAACCCAUAUUUUUGUGAGCAAGUUUUUUUGAUGGAGCAUCAUGGGAACAUGCUAAUGUACAUAAGGUGAAUCAAGACGUUCAUGUAUCUGUCAGCUGUUUACUGAAGUUCAUGUCUGUUGUGUCAGCUUGUAGCCGCAUUGGUUGAUGUGUGUCGGGGAUGUAAGGCCUACAGUGGAUACUUUGAAAGCGUUUGAGAUGUUCGUCAACCCUCAACUUGCUGGCUCCUGGGAACUUCUUCCAGACUAGAGUUGUAGUGAAAGAUGUUCUGUGUGUUUGAGGGAGAUAAGUGGAAGAUUUAGCUGGGAGUAAAUAGAAGUUUGGGGUAAAAGCUAUUGUUUGGUGAAAGGUACUGAGACAGAGUUAGAAGCAGUCAUGUAAUGUGACCGGAGUCUAGUAGUGCGGGGACUGUUUGCUUCUUCGAAUCUCUUUGUUUUUUAUGGAAAAAUACUUUGGGCUUGUAGCAGAAUGUGGGAUCUGGUUUCGGGGUUACUGGAGUGACAUUUACCACAGGUUUGUAAGGUUUUGGAACAGCAGACUGUCCCAAUUCUCGCAUCAUAAUGCGGUUGAGACAGGCUAGGCUGGGAGCCAGCAGUGAGGGUUUCUCAUCCUUGUUGUGAGGAGUUUCUCAAGUAUCACAUCCCUAUUGUAUGAGAAAUAAAUAAAAAGCAGUCGUAGAACCCUUAUGCCCGCUCAUCAACAAACUAUAUGUGCUUUACAUUUUAUAUUGUAUCGAAACAGUCGGUUUUAACCGCAUGUUUGGAUUUUUGUUGUUGUUCCCAUUUCUUGAAAAUAUGUCUUACUGAGGUCUUUUGAACUUUUUCUCGCUGAAAAAGCAUAUUGCUCAAAACAUGAUCAUCGGUAUAGACUUCUGUUGUGGUAAUAUAUACCACAUCAAGAGGCAUUUCUUAGUGCCACCAGUCACUCAAAUUCAGUUUCAACUAAAGGUGCUUUUUUACAGCUUCUUCCUUUCCUUUUUUUUCUGCCUCAAGGGAUUCUGAACACUCUCUCCUAGGUUUACCUGGGUUCAAACAGGCAUGGGAUGAAGGCUAUAUUUUGACGUUGUGUAAGAAGCUGUUAUGUUUCGAAAAAAAAAGCAAAACGGGCAUGUACAACACUAAAGACGUCCAUGUGUGAAUUGUGCAAGUGACGAAAUGCCACUGUCUUUCUCUCUUUUUUUUUCGUGGACAUUUGUGAGAAAAAAAAUGUACCUGUGAAUUUUGAAGUAUUUUUAGAAUUAAAAGGAUGUGUCAUGUUCACUUGAUGGUAGGUUCACAUUGCAAUACUGUGUGUUAUACCUUUACUGUUGAGUGUAUUUUUGUAAUGUUAAUAAGAAGUAGUGGAAUUAACUUAAACAUGUUGCUCUUGUGAAUGCAUGAAUCUGAGCUCAUCUCACCUUGACUCGCAGGAAGUAGAGCAUGGUGGAGGAAGAAGGAAACAACUCUUUGUGACUGUCUCUUGGACAAGUGCGAUUCAGUGAAGGCUGUCGUAUAUAACAAGUUGUGACUCAUUUUUUUCGAGCAAUUUUGUCCUGUUGAAAUGUUUUUUUCAUGCGGUGGUUGCGUCUUUUCCAAGUGGCUGGACAUGAGGGUUGUGUGGUUGACUGUCAAGUCCCAAGUUGUGGCUGCCUUCCACUUUCUGGAAAAAUACACGAGUUGUGGGCUUUUCAAUUUCUGUUUCUAAAUUUUGAGUUUUUCCAGUUUGAAAGUCUCUGCUACAUCCAGCUUGAAACUGAACAAGAGCAGUGGGUGUCUGUUGUGUAGUGGUAAGGCGCCUCGCCGUUGACCGCAGAAGACCCAAGUUCCAAUUUUCGUAUGGGGAGAAAUUUUAUUGAGUAUCAAAAUUUUUCUGCUGGUAUGUUGAAUCUCUCUUAGCCUGGGAUAGUCUUGACAAGCAGAUUGUAUUGAUAGGGGUGUAAAAAACACCUGCAUUAAAAAAAACCGAAAUAAACUAGCCAUGUCUAGAAUUACACUUCUAACGCAGAAGAAUAUCUUGUGAAAUGGCUUAAUUAAUAAAAGUGUGAUUAUUUUUGAUGUUCAGUUUGAGAGAAACGAGAGCCUUCAGAUGAGGCAAAUGUUAUUUGAGGAGUAGUGGGCAUUAUAAAAAAUGUUGUUUCGAAUUCUUGUUCAUCUUUUCCUGACACAGUUGUCAUCCUGUUGUAGGAGGUUCAGUUCUGUCACUAAGUGUAAAAUAUGUAUACAGUAUAUUUUUUUUUUGUAUUGUAGGUCAUGGUAUAUAGGCCUACAUGAUUAUACGGACAACUUUCCUUUAAUUUUUUUUUCCUUUUCAUGGUUACUGUUAAGUUAGUGACAUUGUCUGUUUGUUGGAAGUGUUGUGCUGCGGGGCCGUGGUGUGACGAUGUUCUCUUGCUGUGUGACCAUGUGUUGUGGAGAGUUGCCGAGAGUCGCGCACCAAGUGCUUUCUUCACGAUACAAUACUUCUCAAUCUGGGAACAUUUUGACUGUCUGUGAGUACAAACCAUUGGGUAUGACAGAAAGGUGAAAUUCUUGACUGAUUUCUGUUUGCGCUCAGCAGAUCUUUGUGGUGAAGUUGCACACAUGCAUAUAUUAUAUGUCUUUGGAAACUUUGAAUUAGAAAUGUCAUCUUUGUCUUAGUGGGAACACAGGUAGGUUACACUUAUCCCCAGCUGUGUGGUGAAGAAAGAUAAACGGCUAGUCAGGGUCUCACUUUGAAUUUGAUGUUUUCUGGCUGGGCAGGUGUUCAUUGAUGUGUCUGGCUGGGCAGGUGUACAUUGAUGUGUCUGGCUGGUCAGGUGUACAUUGAUGUGUCUGGCUGGGCAUGUGUUCACUGAUGUGUCUGGCUGGGCAGGUGUACAUUGAUGUGUCUGGCUGGGCAGGUGCGUGUUCUUUGGUCAGCUUGGUGGACAGCUUGCCACCACUACCACCCCCUGAAAUAAACUGUGUACGUAGAGUCAUAGAGGUAUAAAUAUAACACACGCUGUUCAUGUUUCCAAUGUGUCCGCUCAGUGAGGUGAUGGGAACAUUUUUUUGAUUGUGCUGAUAAGUUCGCUUUGUAAUUUUUUUCUUUUUUUCAUAAUUUGCUUUGAAAAUGUACUAGAUUAAUGGAAUAUAUGUGAAUUUUUUUUCAUUGCAUUUUAGGAAAUAUUUCUACAAGUUAUUGAUCAAUCGUCAGAAUAGCUUUGUGUUGUUGAUGCCCUGUGAACUGCAAGUCCUCAGUGCCUUCAGUGGUCAGAGUUAGAUGGAGGUGGACGUGUGGAGUGGAGUUAGACCGAGGUGAACUUGUGGAGUGUGUUCAGUGGUCAAGAGUUAGACGGAGGUGAUCGUGUGGGUAGAGUUAGACGGAGGUGAAAGGUGGAGUGUGUAGAAACUGAGGAAAUUCUGCAAACGAUUAUUUUAAUCGAGUCUAUGUUGUGCAACUUAAUGGAGUGGCUUUGUGAAUUUGAGUCUGUCAUACGUGCUUUUAUUCAUUUUUUUGUUUUAUCAAUGCAUUUAUUUUACUGUCGGCUGUUUGAAGCAAUUUUCCUGACUGGUUGAGUUUCAUACAAUGCCGUGAUGUAAACUGGAGUAGAUCUAAUCAUUUGUAAGAUUUAAUUUUAAUCAAGUGAGUUGAUGUUUGACUGAGAGGUGUGAGUAGGUUUUGUGAUGUUGGCCCCUCAGAAUAUUUGUCCGUGCAGUUGUUCAAGUUCAAGUGUCUUGUCUUGUAACCCAGGCUGGUACAUGGGCAAAGAAAAAAGUAUUGUACAGUGAAUACGGGAAAACAGUGAGUACAUUAUAGGAAAACGGUGAGUAGUGGAAAACUGUGAAUACAGGGAAAAACAGUGAGUAUGGGGAAACAGUGAGUAGGGGAAACAAUGAGUACAUAAUUAUAGGAAAACAGGGAGUAUGGGGAAAACUGUGAAUACAGGGAAAAACAGUGAGAUGGGGAAACAAUGAGUGCAUUAUAGUUAUAGGAAAACAGUGAGUAGGGGAAACAAUGAGUACAUUAUAGUUAUAGGAAAACAGUGAGUAGGGGAAACAAUGAGUACAUUAUAGUUAUAGGAAAACUGUGAGUAGGGGAAACAAUGAGUACAUUAUAGUUAUAGGAAAACAGUGAGUAGGGGAAAACUGUGAAUACAGGGAAAAACAGUGAGUAUGGGGUAAGCAAGCUACGAUGAGUACGGGAAGGUCUAUCGCUGCAAUUUGCUGUACAAUAUGUAUUACUAUUACACCCUCCCAUCCAAGAUAGGUGCACAAAACUACCAAUGACAACUGAUCAUGGAGCACACUCAUAUAGUUGGCUACAAAUGUGAGACCUUGAAAUGGUUCAUAUCUUGGGCAAGCUGUUCAACUUUUCCAAGACCAGAAAUAGAAUUUCUUCACGAGAGAGAGAGAAAAGAAACUUCCAUUUUUUCAACAGUUGUACGUGUACUGACAUCAUCGGGGGUUUUUUCUUAUGUUUUUUAGCCCUUGCAACUGAUACUGAUACAAUUUUUAAAUGUCCAAGUUUUGUGUCUACGUCCAAGCCCUGAAGGUGAAGGUCUCCUCUUUCUGUGUUGGUCCAACUUGAUAUUGUUUUUACUUUAAAAGUUAAAAAGCAAGUAAAGUAGGCUGUGCUGUAAUGAGCUGAAAAUUUCAUUGACCCUGAUGCGUAUUAAGGAUUAAGAAAUGAGUUUUACCUGUUUUUUUAUUUGGACUUUGCCCGUGUUGUAUUUUUACAGGGUACAGUGAGGGAGUUUAGGGGAACAUUGGCAUGGUUCUAGCCAGAGGUCCAGAGGGAAGCCGUGGAGUGGCUGCAGGGAGAUUCUUUUAGUAGUUUUAGAGUAUGGAGGAAUUGUUUACAACACUAGUAGAAAUUCUCAUCCGUCAUACCCUGGAUUCUGUUUGAGUUGGGUUUUUUUAAAGAAAUAUUUUAUAAAUCAUAUUUACAGAGGUUUUUAGAUUUUCCAUUACUGUGGAAGUUUAAGAAUAAAAUGCAUUAAUUAUAAAUUACAGAAGCUGCAGCAAAACUAAACCUGCACUUAUCACUACAACUACAUGGCAUUGAACAGAAGGGCGAGCACAGCUGUUGCUAGAUCGAUAACAACAAGAAUAAAAUGAGUGUAGUUUGAUUUGGAAAUGUUACAGUACAGUCAGAUUUGGAAAUGUUACAUUCCUUUAUGUGUGACCUGGACAAUUUUUUCUCUGUAGUUUGUUUUUAUUCAGGAUUUUAAGAAAAGAAGGAUCCUGUUUCUUUGAGUGAAGAAAGUAUAUAAUUAUGUUCUGUCUUCAUGGUAUACAUGUUCUGGUUGGAGGUUUGGACACGUAAAGCCUGUCUUCUUCAUGGUAUUAGUUCUUAUUCUUGCACAUGAAUUAUGAAUGCCAUUGCUCUGUAAAUAAAUUUUGAAAAUAUCAAAAA